AACGUUCUACAUAAUGCUCUAUUGAUAAUAUGUCAACAUUUUUUGUGACAUAUGCAUUCCUCAACAUUUUACUCUAGGACGUUGGUACGGCCACAUAAACUUUUAUUUCAAAUAAUGGCUAGCCGAAGAAGCUCAUCGUCACCAUUAGAAAAGGAUCUAUUUCCAUUUUCGCUAGGAAAAGACACAAAAUGUCCACCUCUUACUCCUGGUGUGAUGAGAAUUUACAGCAUGAGAUUUUGUCCUUUUGCACAGAGAACUCGACUAGUUUUACAAUACAAAGGAAUACCACAUGAACUUGUCAAUAUUAACUUGAAGCAGAAGCCAAAGUGGUUACGUGAAAGAUACCCUGCUGGACUGGUACCUAUCCUGGAGAAAGAUGGCCGAGUCGUGUACGAGUCCAGUGUUUGUAAUGAUUAUCUUGACGAGAUGUACCCUGAACCCAAACUCACUCCGUCUGACCCCUUUAAAAAGGCUGAAGAUAAAAUGUUAUCCGAAACCUUUUCAAAGGUUAUAGCAUUAUAUUAUGAGGUUCCGGCAUCGCUUGCUAAUGACACCUUUCCUGUUACCUUGAAAAAAUAUUUACGUGAAAUGCAACGUUACGAAAACGCCUUGGAUAAAAGGGGAGACUUUUUUGGAGGUGCAAAACCAAAUAUGGUGGAUUUUAUGAUAUGGCCUUGGUUUGAACGCAUUAGUGUCAUAGCUGUUGUGGCACCGGAAACGGAUAUUACAAAAGAUCGAUUUCCACGGUUGGCUGCUUGGAUGAAACGCAUGUAUGAAAUACCUGCUGUCAUAAACACAUACGUGAAACCUGAGCAUCAUGCACAUUUCUUUAAAACCUUACGAGAGGGAAGUCCAGAGUAUGACCAUGGAAUAUUACAAAGCAAUUUAUAAAUCACUCAACAUUUCAAGUACAGUACCUAUAUCGUGUAACCUGUUUAUAAUGACUGUGAUUGAUCAUAACGAUCAGUCUGUGGACAUUAUGAUAUAUUUAUGUUAAGUUGCAGUAGAACAUAAAUACAUGUAUAUUCAUAUUGAUUUAAUCACAUUAGGUGGAUACUUGCCAUUAAAAAUUAUGACCAUUUGCCAAACUACAUGAACCUUGACUUGAUUUGAACUUAGAGAAACGGUGAAGACCGGGCUGCGGACAUACAAUAAAACGCAACACAAGCACAUAAUCGUUAUGUAAAUAACAGAAACAACAGACAACUAAAUGUUGAUUGUUACAAGAACAAAGACAAUUGUGCCUCACAGUUCGUUCAUAUAAAUAUGCCCCUACUAUUCAUUUGUGGGAAAUGUGCUGUUUUGUCUUGACCUCUAUAGGUUCCAAGAAAUUGUAAAUACGAAGCCUUUUACAGUUUAUUUAGGGAGGGAAUGAAAGUUUUGAUGGAAUACUUAACAAAUUGUGUACCUAUUUAUUACCAGAAAGAUUUUUGGUGAUAACUGUAGCUAACCAUUUUAACUUAUUACAAGCUUGUCAGUGAACAUUCUUCCAGUACAUUAAUAAAUUGAAAAGAGUGAAACGUGAAAUUUCUUGACAUAAUGUGUUGUUGUGAACCUAUAUAAUUAUUUCUUUUCAUUGGUUAUUUUGAUUCAGUUGCUGGUCUUUGUAAUUAAUUAUACAGGGAGAUAUUUAUAUACAUAUAUCAGAGGCCAACUUUAAUUAUAUAUUUGAAGUUUGUUAUUUGUAUUUGUAUUUUUAUUCAGUUGUUUCAAAUAGUUGUGUUUGUGUGUGUGGCUAGGUGUGUGUGAAGAUGUGUGUUGUAGAGUAUUCAUCUUUGAAUUGCUAUUGAAUUAAUUGACAAUAAAACUGAGCAAAAUGUUA